CGCAGCCCGUGUCGGUUACUUCAGACAUAAGGUCCCUGAACCAUCAACUGCUGCUGUUCGAUCCUACUUUUCGGCCAUACAGGGUUUCUAGAUGUGUUCAUACAGUAAGAGGAAUGGUUGUUCAGAGCAACAGUGCGAUAUCAUGGCGUCCUGGAACAUGAAGCUUUGACAAUCAAGCUUGGCUGUGAGAAUCCCUGACGUUCUGCUGUGCCACCCUUCCCAGCAUCCACCAUGCUCUCCCGUGUCAAACGCCAUUCGUUCUUCUUUGGGAUCUCGAUCGUGACGUUGUGGGUGUUUUUGACAUUCUUCGAACUGAGAAGGACCGCUCUCUCUUGCCGUACCGUUGCCUCAUGCCUGGGUCUGGACAUCCAACAUUGGCAAGGCUACCAAUAUCCGCUUCCUACAGCCGCCGAACCAUUAGAGACACAGCGUACAUUCCAUGAUGGUACGUUACAAUUCCGCCGUCAGUUAGCAACCGCAGACCCAGAAGUCCUGGUGCUUCUGCUCAACCGAGAUGGAACUUCGUGGAGCCGCGACUUCCGCUCGGGUCAGCGAGGAGCCUACGACUUCGCUGACCUGCUUGUCUCCACCCGAUUGAAUCUAUCGACAGUUUCUGUUGCGAUGUUGACAAGCUCAGCCGAGGAGUUUGACUCGUUCAGCAAAGCCAUGCGCGACUUGCCGCUGGCCCGGUUGACGAUCUAUCUCCGCGAUGAUGAUGACCAGGGUGUGUCGUACGAAGGAAGACACAACCCUGCAGUCCAAUUAACCCGUCGAGCUCGAUUAGCGACCUUGCGCAACUACUUGAUGCUCUCUGCAUUGGAAGACGAGCGCCACGUCCUUUGGCUAGAUGCCGAUGUCGCUGCAAUCUCACGAGAUGUUGUGCAGACAAUGCUUGCUCGUUCGGACUCUACUCCUGCUGCCGGCAUAAUAACGGCUCGAUGCGAACAGCAUAAUAUGGAAAACUAUGACAAGAACGCGUGGAAGAUUACCCCCGAGACACCACUUGGACCAGUAGCCGACGGAGACCGUGAGGACGCAGUCAGGACGCUCGUCGAUACACGCUUGUUCGUCCCAGCGGUGAUCCAAGGCUCUGGUGACGACGCCAUUAUGCCCCUAGACAGCGUUGGCGGUGCGAUACUGUACAUUAGGAGCGGCCUCGUGCGCCAGGGUUUGACCUUCCCGCCCUACAACGUUGUUGGUACGACGUGGAGUCAGCCAGGCUGGAUCGGCGUCGAAACGGAAGGUCUUUGCUAUGUUGCGCGGCAAUUUGAAGGUGGUGGAUGCUAUGUCCUUGGUGGAAGCCACCAUGUUCGUCAUACAGACUGGGGAUGACGCAGGUUGUUAUCAUACCAUUGAGCUAUGGAAAACGUAUCUUAAUGAAUUGCAUGCCAUUAAAAGAAGGUUCAUCCGAUGGAAGUCCCCUAAAUGGACAGACUGGAGCCCAAGUUUUCCAGGAAUGCAAUCGAUCA